AUGUCUAGUAAGGACUACAAGAGUUUGCCUGUAACAGUGGAAAAGCCCAUUCCAGUCACCUACGAUUUGGGUAACUUGGCGAUCUUUGACUCGAAUGUCCUUGAUAGAAACGAUUUCGAUUCUUCAAAUGCCAAACGUGAAGAGAAUAUCAAGGCUUUAACUCGUGACAACGUCCAACUGCUUAUUAACCAGAUACUUUCGUUGCCCAUCAAGACUACUACCGAAUCAGCCGGUGGCACAAGCAAUCAAAGUGCUUCGAUGACUUUGAUCCAGCUUCCAGAGCCAAUAACACAAUUGCCAAGAGAGAAGCCUUUGCCCAAACCUAAGGCUCCUACGAAAUGGGAACUGUUCGCCGCAAAGAAGGGCAUCAAGCCCAAGGAGAGAGCUGGUAAGUCCGUUUAUGACGAGGCUACUGGUGAAUGGGUGGCUAAAUGGGGCUACAAAGGUGCUAAUAAGGCUUUGGACGACCAAUGGCUGGUGGAAGUGGACGACAAGGUGAAGAACACCGAGGAUGAGCUGAUCGACCCACGUACGCUGAACCGCAGACAGAGAAAAGAGCUUGUAAAGAAGAACGAGAGACAACAGAAGAACGAGAGACAACAGAAGAAAAACCUGAGGAACCCUCGAGUCUCCAAAUAA